ACUCAUUCCACCUUCUGAAGACCCUGUCAACUUUUCCCUGAACUUCUUGGCAAUGGUUGAGCUGGCAGGUGCUCGCGCAAGCCUGCUCGCGAGCCAAGUGCUGGGAAAACCAGUGAAGAUUAGAAGCUCUCCAGCAGCUCGCCCAGAAGCCCCAAGGCAUUUGGGCUCCUUGCGAACAGUGGCCGUCGCGAUGGUGGGAACUGGCUUGGCCUUUUGCCGCAGCCGACCUUUGGGAGUUGCUGCUAGCGCCGGGGUCGUUGCUGUGAGGGCUGGUGCUCGAGAGGUGCGAUCUGGCGACGAGAUCUACGUCAAGUACGAGGGCCAGCUUGCAGAGGACGGCACAGUCUUUGACAGUUCUGAAGGCAAGGAGCCUUUGUGCUUCACAGUUGGGAGCGGGCAGGUGGUGCCGGGCUUUGACAAGGCGGUGAGGGGAUUGAAGGUUGGGGAAAAGAAAACCGUGACCAUCGCACCAGAGGAUGCCUAUGGCCAACGCUCGGAUGCAAUGAUCAUGAACAUUCCAGCGGAGCAAGUGCCCAAAGGGCUGGAGGAAGGUAUGCAGGUCCUUUUGGGUGGACCUUCCCAAAAAAUCCCUGCGCAGGGGGUACUCGACGAUGGUUCUGCUAUGCUGGACAUGAAUCAUCCUUUGGCUGGCAAGGACUUGAAGUUCAGCAUCGAGUUGGUGGGGUUUCGAGAGGUCGUCAAGGGGAUGGAUGUCGUUGGGUGGAAUGGCAAGGUGGUCAAGGUCCCUUUUGCCAUUGCCAACAGCCCUGUGAGUGAGGUGCUCAAGGAGCCCAAGUGGCCCGAGAAGUGGCCAUACACUGCGGCAGACUUUCGGCGCCAGGAUGAGUCUGACGAUCAGGGGUUCUACAAUGCGCCCCGCUUUGUCACUCAUAUCGACAAUGAUGCCAUUGAGUCCAUUCGCAACCUUUACGCCUUGCAGUUCGCGGAGGCACCUCAAGGAGAGUACAGCGUGCUUGACAUUUGUAGCUCAUGGAUUAGUCACUAUCCGGAAGAUCUUAAGGCGAAACGAGUUGCUAUCACCGGAAUGGUGGAGGAGGAGCUCGGCGCAAAUAAACAGGCGACAGAGUACAAAGUCGCCGACCUGAACAAGAAUCCCAAGUUGCCCUACGAUGACAACCAGUUCGAUUUCGUCACUAAUGUGGUUAGCGUAGAUUAUUUGGUGAGGCCAACGGAGGUCUUCCAAGAGAUGCAUCGGGUUUUGAAGCCUGGAGGUGUCGCGAUCAUGUCCUUCAGCAAUCGUUGCUUUUUCACAAAGGCUAUAGCGAUGUGGGUGGCUGACAUGAGCGAUGGACCUGGUCAUUGCCAGAUUGUCGGAAACUACUUCCACUUCAACCCCGCUGGUGGUUGGAAGGACAUCACAUCCCUUGACAUUAGCAAGACCCCGCAAUCUAAUCCAAUGUGGGUUGUGACUGCUGUGAAAGCUUGAUCCACCAGAGAGCCUCGCUUUCACCGGACAUCCAGUCAAGAGUUACUGGCUCGACAUGCUCCAUUUUUGAUGGGGGAGAUUCCCCUUACGCUGCACAGACAGCCGUCAUCUAUUGAUUGGGGUCUCUAGCAUUAGGCAAGUUGUAGGUUCAUUUUCGCCCAGCACAAGGGCUGCUGCGACAAACAACAUGUUCCUCC